CUCAUUUAAUAAAAUAAAAAGUGACGCAUUUAUAAAAUCCUCAAGGGAACCUCUGUUCACGACUACCAUCGACGACGUGAUAUUGCUGGUGUUGUGAUUUUGAAUCUGAAUGUUCAACAACAAAAAUGGAUUGGGGAAGUGUAACAACGGAGGAUCUGAUGGACGCUUUGAGAGAGGUUGAUUGGUCAUCUCCACCUCGACCUUUUUCUGAAUUCUUCUCUAGAUUCACUAUUCCUCGAUCUUAUGCUAAAUGGAACAGUCGCCUCAAAUGCAAUCUUUAUUACUACAGGACAAACUACUUUAUCAUGAUUAUUGUCAUUCUUGGCCUAGGAUUUCUUAGGAGGCCACUUGCAAUUAUUGCUGCUGCCUUGACAGCUCUUAGCAUUGCUUUCCUGAAUGACAGCUUUGCAAGUACAUUUAGUGAGAAGGUAACAAGAACUGUGAGGCGGUUUUCUCCACACAUGGCUGCAAAAAUGAGGCCUCCUCUUACGCCUGUCAUCCGUGGACGACCUUCAGCUAAAAGGGAAAUAUUUAUUUGUGGACGGCCUCGUUGGGUUUUCGUGUUGAUUUUCUCUAGUGUGAGUUUCUUUCUUUGGUUUGCUUCAUGUGGCCUACUCAUUGUUCUAUGGGCAUUUGCAAUUGGACUUUUAGCAACUGUGCUCCAUGCAAGCUUUAGGACUCCCAACUUGAAAGCACGCCUGAAUACAUUCCGUGAAGAAUUUCGUGCAGUCUGGAGAAACUACAGUGAGUUGUAGGUUUCGAGCUGUGCAUAAAUGGAUCGCGGCGUCGAUUGAAAAAGCUUACUAUGGUCAUGAACAAUGGCAUCCAACUGCUGCAAACUAAUGCUUGUCUGGUUUGCUCGGGCUGAUGACCUGUUGUAUUGUAAAUUUGUCUUGAACGUCAAAUCUUUCGGGAUACAAACUAAAUUGUGUAAAUUCUACGUCAAAUGGUCCAUGCUAUACAGUUUACUGGAAAUAAUUUUUCAUUUUCCUUUGUUGGAUUUGUAAACGUUAGAAAAUAUUACCCUUUCGCAAGGGAGGCUAAUUUUUUUAUCCUUUGACCUUUAACAUUUAUCAUAUUACCUUAUUUCUCUCAAA